AAGCGUCUUCAGACUCCGAUGAUAUUAAAAGGCCUUCUGACCGAAAGAAAAACAAGAGUUUCCUUUGCUUUCCUCUUUCAAAUAUCUUUAAUUCGCGUUCGUUAUACGAUUUUUAUGGCAAUCGGUCACCGUGUUUAUGUAGGUUCCAAAAGCUGCUUAGUUCGAAGCAUAUGGGUCGAACAGUGUCAGAGGACGUAAAAGGUUACACUACACUAUUUCUGAAAGCCAAAUGAACCCGAUGUUUUAAGUCUAAGGUAUUUAAUCUCUGUCAUCAUUUCAAGUUUCAUAAUUAUUACGUGAGCAUACUACAGAGAUAAUGGGGCCAAUACCGCAGCAGGAGGAAGACAGACAUCGCCCUGGCCAGAAUCGCGACCAGGAAAUUGAGGAGGCUGACCACCCAGAUGUGAUCAUCAAUGCUGAUGUGUCUGACACAGAGUCUGGUGAUGAAGAAGGAGAUAUGGAGGAGAUGGGUUACCAUGGUUACCAGGCCUUGGGCCAGGGGCCACUAAAUGGGGAAGCUAGUGAAGAUUCUGAUGAGGAGUCCGAGGAAGAGUCAGACACAGAACAAGGCGCAAUAGAGGCCCAAGCGUCAUUGUCGGGGACCCCAGGGGUUCCAGCAUUCCCUGAGGAGAUCUCACCGGAUUUGCAGGGCCAGUACCCAGACUAUCCUCACAGUGCCAACCUACCAGGCUACCUACAGGCUCCUGAUGUACCGAAACCAGACAAAAAAGACUUGCUGUGGAACCAGCCACACCAGGUCGAUCUAACAAUGGAUAAAGGUCAUGUUGAAAAAGUGAAGUCUGUGAUGACUGCCAUUCAGAUUCCAAUGGCAAACAUUCCAGACUGGGCCAAAUCCUUAUCUGAGGACCAAUGGCAAGGACAUGUCGACAAACUAGUUAAAACGGAAACCAGUCCAAAGCAGGAAAUUAAUAAAUCUAAGGAUAUGAAGUAUGGGGAUAGUAGAACAAAGGAAGAAUUGAAUGAGUUCACUUCUGAAAAGAACAGUAAUAUCAGUGGACCAAGUGAAAUAUCUGGGUUUGACGUAAAUGAAAAUACCUGAGAGUUGCAGUGUGGCACAUUGUUAUAUUUCAUUAACAACUUGUGAGCUUGAGCCAUAUCUGUGAUAUUUUAUUUUAAAAACUUCCAAAAAAACUCCUGGAAUAAUAUGGUAAAUGACAACAGUGAUAGUUUAUCAUUGUGUUUAUUGAUAGUAUUGGUGUAUUUUUCCUUGUGCAUCUGGAUCUUGAGUCUGUCUGUUUUUCAAAGAAAAUAAGUCUAAAGUAUUGUCAUAGCCUUUGUGUUGUUGUUGUGCAAAAACUUAAACCUUGGCGAGAACUUUCUUAGAUAUUCAAUUAAAAAUUAAUAUAGAGACAGAGACAAGACACACAUAAACAGUUAGACCCAUAACUCUGGCAUUAUUAAUUGUUAAAUAAUACCCCUUUUUCAUGAAGAAAUACAGUUCAGUGUCGUCUUUCGCUCUGUGGCGCACUUGUUUUUUUACACAGAAAAUACAAUAAACUUGCUUUGUUUACAAGGUGUCUAAAAUACUAGACUCAUAAAUUAUCACAAAAUAUAUCGAUGUUUUAGUUACAUGUAUAACGAGUAUGUGUUAAAUCUGUGUCUCGGAAUUCAUUUAGUUUGUAUGCAGUGAAAAUUACUGAUUUGAAUUGACUGAUUUAUCAUUUGCCAAGUCUUUACAGCUUUACUUAUUUUUAGGCAUAUUUCUUUUUCCUACCUGAAUAGGCUGAAUUGCAGCUUACAGUUGGAGAACUUUGAAAAAAAAAUACGAACAUUUUGUCAAUAUUAAAGUUUUGUGUGUCUUUCAUAUUUUUCACAGUAGUUUUUCAAGAGAGGAAAUUGACAUUCACAAGUCUUAAGAAAUUAUAAUGCAGCAUAUUGUAUAUAAGCUUUCAAUUUUAUUUUAUUUUUGGAAAGAGAUGGAGGUAUUGUUAUAGCCAAGGUGUCAUUGUCCGCGGUGGAUUUGUAAAAAAACACAUUUAAGAUAUUAAAAUAAAACUUAAUACAUAUUUCAUGAAUGACAAAUAACUCGUGUUGAACCAAAACCUAGAACUUGUGCUUAAAUAAUUGUUGAAUUUUCUCCAUUCCAAAUAAUUAUCAGAAAAACAAGGCAGUGAUUGCAUUUGUUUGCAGUGCUCUUGUUUUACAAAUUGACCCACCACUGUUUUUCAUAUGGAAAGUACAGCAGGUUAUGGUCUUUGGAAGAGAAAUUAUUAAAGUCUUAGACAAUGAAAUAUUGGGCUCUUGUGAUACAAAUUGACUAGACUGUUCAUAAGGAAAGUAAAGGUCUUUUGAAGAGAAAUUAUUCAAGACAGAUUAAGGUAUUAGUGUGGUUUAUGGGAAAGAAAAGGAACUGUAGUAUCAAAGAACAGGGAGUGAAGAGGUUGUUUCCCUUGAAUGUUUAACAUGCAGGAUAGUGUUCAUGUAUCAUGUAUCUGCCAUGGAGAUGGGGUUUCAUAUUAAAAUGAAAUGAAAAUAUAUCAUGAUUCUUAAUAGUUCUAUAACUUCUCAAUGACUUAACACACAGUGUUCACCCCCCUUGAGUUCAUAUGAAGAUUCAAGGUAUAUUCUUGUCUAUUUUACACCACAGCAGUCAAUUGCAUAAAACUGGUUGAUUUUUCAGUUUUGACAGCCAAAAUGGUGAUUGGUACAUUGUCAUUGAUAGGUCAAUAUUUAUCCUUUGAAUAAUAUUAACCAAUCAAAUCAUUUGAAUAUGUCGACUAGCCUAAAGAUAACCUUUGGAGAACUUAUAUCAAAGUUUUAUACAAUUGACUGCUGCCAUUCAUAUUUCAGUUGUUUUAUCACUGCUGGAAUAUCUUACCUCAUAUCCUGUUUAAGAUGAUUCACUCGCCACAAUCUGCCCUUUAGAAAUGUUUUCAUGUACUUGCAUAGUAUAAUGUUUUCCUAUAUAAGAUAUGAGCCGCAUCGCAUGAUUUUAGGCCCUGGGACACUAUUACAAAUGAAUAAUCAUUGCUAAAAGAUGCCAAAAAUAUUAGUUUUUUCUAUGUUUAUUGAUUUCUUCCAAACCUUUUUCUUUCAAAGGAUUGUUAUUGGUGCAUCAUUUUCUUCACGAAUUUUGACCAUUAGUUUGCUCAUGUUUCAAUAGCAACCACGGAUUUCGUUCUCAUUUAUUUUUACUGCAUUUAUAGUCUGUGUUCAAAUCGGCCCAAUAGAUUAAAGACACAAAACUGAAUCAUCAAGUAUUUAUUUAUGUCCCAUGUUAGGAAACAAACUGUAAUUAUAAGCUAGUUAUAAUAGGUAUACGUAAAUGUGGCUGUUCAUGUCAAUAAUGUACUUUCGUAAUGACCACAUCUGCAUGACGUCAAAUUUAAAAAUCAAAAUAUGCAAGACAUGGUCUCACUUGAAUCUUGGGCAAUAUAAAUGAUAUCAUCACAAGUUUUACAGUAUUUCUUCCUGAAAUGUCAUAUAAUUCAAAGACCCAAUAAAACUAUAAGAGAAAGAGUAUGUCCCAAGGCCAUAAAUUGUGUGAUGCUGCUCAUAAGUUAAGAAAAAGUAAAAAAACAAACUGAUUAAAACAAAAUUUUAUAAAAAAAAAAAUAUUUAAAAGGACAUAACUUAUUAACUAAAGGUUACUAAUUUACUAUGGACAAGCAAUUUGAUAAAAGUUAAAAUCAAUCUUUUUUUUUUAUGAUUAAUCGAUCUAAAUUAUGCAUGAAAAAGUUUUUGCCAUUUACAUUAUAUGUAUGCAGUUCAUGUUUGAAAAUCCAGCUCUUUGGCACAUUGCAUAAUCUCAUUUUCAGCUCCUCCAUGUCUUGAUGGUAGUUUUGUGAUGCAGGCACAUUGGGUCAAGUCACAUGAGGUAGUCUCUCAUUGGUUAGAAAGUAACGGUGGCCGUGUUUUCUCCCCAUUAGUUCACUGGCAACAGGUUAUAAUUUGUAUUAAUAAGGCUGACUGCAAAGAAACAAAAUUUGUCAAGAAAAGUCUGAUUUAUUAGACCAAAAUACAUGAAAUAUUUUGAUUUGCUAUAAAGAAGGUCAGACAGUAUUUAUAUGAGUUUGCCUAUUUUUGUAAUGUUCAGUUUUUGCAAUUAUGUGCAUAUGUAUUCCAUAUUUUGUAUACUGUAGCUAGGUUUAUUCAUGCAUACGCCUUACAUCUGUCAUGUUUUGUUUUCAUUCAUGAACAACCUUCAGAUUUAAUUAAUAAUAGCAGGCUGCUGCGUAUUUCAUAUAAUUGAAAAAGGACAUGUUAAUUAGAAAUAACCUCAAUAUUUUUCAUUCAUUUCGUAUAUAUUUUAAAUGUUAAUUAAAUAAAACAUUAAUUUACAUUAGUUGAAAAAUUAAUGUCAUAUAAGUGAACAAAAAAUAAAGAAAUGCCACUAUUACUACUAAUAGUUGUUCAGUAAUAUUUGUAAACUGUUUUGAACCUGAUAAUCAUUAAUCAAGGAAGUAGGUUUAUAUUACUUUAUAGUCAUAGUUCAUCUCUUUUUUUUGGGGGGGGGGGGGAAGGGGGGUGGAGGUUAAAGUAUAAUUGCUCCCUUCCAUCCACAAUAAGUUUUUUAUCAAAUUUAAUUUAUUUGUAUAAUACUAGUAUGAGCAAUACUUGUAGAUUUUUAAUUUCUCUUACGUCUAUUAUGUUCAUUUAGCCCAAACAAAUUUAAGUAUUGUUAGCAAUUAUUAGUUCUGUCUUGAUGGAGGAAGUUCUUAUCGCACUGAAUCAGAACAUCCAAACUAUGUUUGCAUUACCGAUAAUCCUCUUCAUUGUUUUGAUUUUCCAGGAUUUGUUGUUGUGAUUGUGUUACUACAUGCAGUCACAUAGCUAAUACAUUAUUCAGUAAGUCUGUAUUAUUGUUUGUCUUUUAUGUUACACCUUCUUGCUAAACACAGUGUCCUAACUGUUUUUUAUGACCAGAAUUGAUAUGGCUGUGGUCAUUUCGAGUUCAUUACUUUAACAGUCAUUGUCCAAAUCUAUCAUUGUAAUUGUAAGAUCCAUGGUUAAUAUUCAUGUUGGCGAAGAUAAUGAGAGGUUUAUGAUAGAUAUUUUCUCUUAAAGUAACUCACCAACAUGUAAAUUGUUUUCUACAUUCUGUGCUAGAGGGCUUUUGAAUGAGUAAAAAGUUAAAAGUUUUGCUGUGUUUCAAGUAUUAAAUUACUUUUAAGCUGAUUAAGAAAUAGUUAAAUCAACAUAUAGGAAGAUUACAUGUGUCUUGAUUUCUAUAGGUAAGUUAUCAGUAUGAUAAUUAUUGUUUGUUAAAUUUUGUAUUUUGUGCAAUAAAAAUAAGUAUGAAUACUAUGGUGACUGUACAUAUGCUUUACAUUUAAUUAAUAAAGGUGCAAAAAAACCUGUUUUGUUAAAAUACU